AUGAGGUUUGGACGAGCACCUGUCCUGAACCCAGCGGACACCAUCAUCCCAUUCCACUACUGGGAUGACGACCACCACACGCGAGGCCUCUCGUUCGAUAUCACAUUCCGCUUUGACGAUGUUUUGGACCAUGAAAAGCUCCGAAUCUCGCUAGCCCGGCUUCUCGAAAUUGGAGACUGGCGAAAACUCGGCGCUCGAAUACGCAGAAAUGAAAAGGGCGAGCUCGAAUAUCACGUGCCACGGAGCUUCGACGACAAGCGGCCGGGCUUUGCAUACUCCACGGCCGCAUAUAACACCACGAUAGCCGACCAUCCAGAGGCAUCCCGAUUGGCGGACCCUCAUCGGAUCCAUGCAGACGGACAGGCGUCUGUCUUUGGUGUGGGAUUUGCGAGUAAGCCGGAGUUCAGAUCGUUCAUUCGGACUCCUGCUUUCCCGGAGUAUUUGGAAGAUUGGCUGUCCUCAGAUAGUCCACAACUCGGAAUUCGCGUCAUCACCUUCGAAGAUGGCACGCUUGUUACCGUGUCCUUUCUUCAUAGCCUGAUGGACAUGAUGGGUCUCAAUGCGGUACUGGAUGCCUGGACUGCUGUGCUUGACGGACGAGAACAGGAGGUGAAGCCCUUUGAGGGAUUUUCUCAUGAUCCACUGGCCGGUCUCAGUGACGCAAAGGCAGACGUGGUGCAGAAAUAUGUCUUUGCCGAUACACUGAUCAUUGGUUGGACAUGGUUCUUGUUUGCCGUGCGCUACGUUCUCGGGGUCGAGCUAUUCUGGAAGCAUCGUGAGGAAGAAAGGGUCAUUUUCUUGCCGGCAAAACACAUGAAACGGAUGCGCGAAGAGGCAAUGGAAGAUCUCGCAGCCAGGCAUACUGAUGAGAACAAUACCCCCGUUUUCAUCAGCGAUGGUGAUGUCCUGUUCGCUUGGUGGACACGAGUCGUUCUUCGAGCGGCUAAACCAUCACCUAACCGCACAAUCAACAUGCGAAAUACAUACUGUUGCAGAUCACUUCUGGCAGACCUUGGCCACAUUCCAUCCUCUAGUUCUGCGUUGGUAACCAACGCCGUCUUUGCAACCUUGACAUUCCUCUCCGUCCGCCAGGUCCUCGAAGAACCGUUGAGUUUCACCGCCUCCGAGAUUCGCAAGUCUUUGAUUCAACAACGGAACAUAGAGCAGCUGCAGGCAUUGGAUUAUAUUCAAAGGGGAACACUGGACAAUACGCAUCAUCCGGCGCUGUUUGGGAAUCCCAGCAUGUACAUGAUCAUGAUCUCCAAUUGGGCCAAAUCAAAGCUUUUCGAACUUGAUUUCUCGGCUGCUGUCCAAAAGGAAGGAUUGCCAUUGAAGAGCCGGACAAAUUCGCUGGGCAAACCAUCCUCAAUCCAGGGCACUGGGACUAAGGGAUAUGCAACACGCAAUACUGGUGUGGUUAUCGGCAAGGAUGCUGCUGGUAAUUUUUGGUGCUUGUAUUCCCUACGCAAAGACCUCUGGCCGGCUGUGGAACAGCAGCUUCGCCAGAUGUCUGAUGAAUAUAGAGCGUAG